UUACGGAAUAGCUAACGCCGCCUGAUGUUUGUUUAAAUCGGUUUGAACAUUGAUAUGGGAAUGUCAGUUGGCGCGCUCUGAUAUUUAGUAAUUACAUUAUUAUUUUAAGACUGAUUUUUAAAGAGACUUAAGCGACUGAAUUAUAAAACUAUGGACUUCGAACAUAUAACGCCACAAAAAUGUGAGAUGAAUUUGACUAAUAUAUAUGAGCGAGGUGUGAAAACUAGCAGCCCAGUAAACAACGAAACAACACCAAAAACUAAAAUAACUUCUAACAAAAAUACGAAACAUCCACGUACACCAAAACAAAAUGUUUUUGAUUCAUCAGGUCAUAAGCAUAUAAUAAAUACGCCACCAGCAAAACGUUUCCAUCGUGUGAAAAAUCCAUUUGAAGCAACAUGGGAACGGUUGCAUUUGCCAAUGAUUGAGAGUCCUUCGCUUUUCCAACGUUCUACAACACCACAACUUUCAUCAACACAAUUUGAAUGGUCGAUUGAGCAAGUGUCAAGCCUUAAGCCAGCACAUUUAGAACCACAUGAAACGCAAUUUUAUGAUUCACCAAAUCCGGAAUAUGAAGCUAAAGCACAGUCUGCUAUUAGUUCCUUUUUCAAGGAUCAACAAGUUGUGCCAAGCCCGGUAGAUUGUCCUUUACGCAACCAACGAAUUGCUCUCUCAGAACUGCAUAAUAUAACGCCUAUAACAAAACCUAAACGCAUACGUGAAUGUAGUACACAAACUGAACUAUCACUGCCAGUUCAUUUACCUCCAGAAUUGGAGGAAGCUUUGCUUCCUUACUUUCAACCAGCCCUAGCUAAUAGUAGUAGUUAUGCUGAAGAAUCAAUGAAUAGCAUUUAUAAAUCCUGCUUCAGUAAAAUUGAUUUUAAAGAUACAUCUAUGCGACGUAAACUUUUUGAUAUGCAUAAUGUAAUUGUUUUAGACAACGAAAACAACGAUACAGAUGAAAACAGCGAUUCAAUGACUAAAGAAGCAAACAGUUCAAGAGGCCAUAACUAUAAUAACCGUAAACAACUUACUACAAUAGCAGGCAAACUGGAUGAUGAUGAUACUUUGGAUCAUAGUUUUAUUAACCGCACGUCUAUGUCUCCAAUUUCACAUGUUGAUGGAUUUUCUUCGCCGCGUUCAAAUGCCGCUAUGCACAGAUCAAGACUACAAAUGUUUCAAGAGGAUUUACAACUUUCACCAAUAGCUGCAAGCAUUCCAAGUAAUAAAGAAAAUAAAUCUUUCCAGGAUAAUCAAAGAAAAGUUGUAUCAAUGGAAAGUUAUCGCCAUAAGGAAUUUGAUAACAGCUUAAAAAAUUUUGAUGAGGCAAAUAUUAGUAUAAUCAAUAAAAAUAAAUUUACUCCUGAUCGUAGCUCUUCUCCCAUAUUGUGUUUAGAGGAACGAGAACUUUGUACAGAUAGCUUUACUGCCAAAGUUGGCCAACUCAAAGUUGAUUGUUCAAAAAAAAGCAAAACGCAAUCAAAAUCCUUAAGUUCAGAGACUGAUUUAUUCACACACAAUGAAACUGUUGAAAUGCUAGAAGCUGAAGAGGAUGAUAUGCAGGUCUCACAACUCUCCUUAUUGAGUCAAUGUAGUUCGUCCAAUUCGGAUACACCACGUGCGAAAAGACGUUCUGCCAGUCGAAAAAAUCUAUCACACUCAUUCACAGCUAAAUGGUUAGAAGAACUAGAAGAAGGCGAGCAAAAACUAGUUGGAAAAAUUUUAAUAAAUGAACCUAACGAUGAGUUAAAGAAAAUGUCGUGCACUACGAACAACACUGAUCUAAAUCCAAUUAAGGAUAGUCUUACUAAGGACGACCAAGCUAAUUUUUACCGAACGGAUAGUGGCUUUAAUGAAAUGACAUCUGCUUCAUCCUCAACCAUUUUGACAACUGAAUGUGAACUAAACGCUGACGAUGCUAUAAAUCUUUCGAAUAAUUGCAAAAAACCAACCCACCAAGAUAUUGUGAUCUGCUCAACACCCUCUAAGAGCAAUUUAUGAUAUAUUACUGUGACAUGUGUAUCCUUAAGUUUUCAGUUACUACCUAAUCAUAAGAAUUCGUCGAUAAUUAUUAGUAAGAUUUAUGAGCAAUAUAUUUUUUAACAUUCGAUUAUCUUAUAUAGAAUAUUUUAUUU